AUGAAAGAUUCGGACUGGAUCUGUUCCGUGACAUUGUUAUUAUGUGUCGCAAUGUCCAUCUAUGUUUUCCUGCGCGAUACUUACCGGUACUGGGUCGAUCGGGGAAUUCCGUAUCUUCCACCGAAAUUAUUCUACGGCAAUGUUGGUAACAUGCACCGAACGGAAUCGAUUGGCAUGAUGUUCCAACGUUUCUACCAUGAACUGACCCUGAAAGGCCGGGGGCCUUUCGGUGGGGUCUAUUACUAUAUGAGACCUGUAGCCGUUGUGACCGAUUUGGACUUUUUAGAGCGCAUAUUAACGAAAGACUUCGAUUACUUUGAAAACCGUGGAGAGUACUAUAAUGAAAAAGACGAUCCACUUUCGGCACACCUCUUUAAUAUGGAAGGAGACAAGUGGAGAGCUCUCCGAAAUAAGCUGUUACCGACAUUUUCUACCGGAAAUAUUGAUAAGAUGUUUCCGACGAUCGUGGCAGCCGCAGGGCAGCUUUAUGAUUUUAUGAAUAAUAAUGUAAAUAACGAGAGUGAAUUGGAAAUGAAGGAUCUGUUAGCGCGGUACACGACAGACGUCAUAGGAAUGUGUGCAUUCGGUAUUGAGUGCAAUUCAAUAAAGGACCCAGACGUAAUGUUUCGCAAGAUGGGAAGGAAAAUUUUCCAAUCGAAUUCAAACAAACUGAAAAGAUGCCUCAUAAAUGUUUUACCGGGAUUGGCAAGGAAGUUCAGAGUAAAAACUACUAAACCAGACGUUGCCGACUUUUUUAUGACAACCGUCCGAGAAACUAUCGAUCGUAUAAAGAAGAAAGAGGAAGAAAGGGAAAAACAAAACAAACAGAAGGAUGAAGAAAAGGACUUUAUGGAGUUAUUGAUCAAUCUGAAGCCUUAUGGUGAUGAUAAGCCGCUAUCGUUCAACGAGAUUGCUGCUCAGGCUUAUGUUUUUUACGCUGCUGGGUUUGAGACCAGCUCGGCACUGUUGACCUGGACACUCUAUGAACUGGCGUCGAAUAAUAACAUUCAAAUACAGUGUCGCAAGCAUAUUCAGGAUAUACUUGGACAACACGAUGGACAACUAACUUACGAGUCCAUAAAAGACAUGGUAUAUCUAGACCAAAUUUUUAACGAGGCUCUGCGAAAGUAUCCUACCGUUCCCGUGCAUAUUCGUGAAGCCAAAAAGGAUUACCAAUUACCGGAUUCCAACACCAUAAUCGAAGCAGGAACCAAGCUCUUUGUUCCGGUCUUGGGAAUUCAUCGCGAUAAGAACAUUUUCCCGAAUCCAGAAGAGUUUGAUCCGAAUCGUUUCAGCCCGGAAGAGGUAGAGAAACGUCACCGGUACGCAUGGACACCUUUCGGCGAGGGUCGCAGGAAGUGCAUAGGCAAUCGGUUUGGUUUGAUGCAAGCUCGCAUCGGGCUGGUUUAUCUGUUGAAAAAUUUCGAAUUUUCGAUCGGUGAAAAGUGCAUCGUACCACCGGAAAUUGAAACGAAAAGUUUUAUGCUAGUUCCUAGUGGGGGUCUAUGGCUGAAAGUAAAAAGAAUAGCCGGAUACCAAAAAUUACCAAAAAUCAGCACUAAAAAUAAGCUAAAUCCACCUCGUUACUAUACGAGACAAAAAAAAUGA